AUGUGCCGGGUGUCAAUACAUCCCGGCUCCAGGGUUAAUAUUUUCAAAGCAGGACAAUUUAAACCCCGAUGGUCCCCCAGAAAUCCCCUGUCUUCCAUUAUGUUGGCUCGCCGGUCCGGGCUUCCUAUCUUCAUCUCACCGGUGCUGUCCAAAAGUAUACCAUGGAUGGUCCUCGGACCAUAUCUACAGCCAUUUUUCCAGAAACACCUUCCUGCCCUGCUGUAUGACCGGCUAGACAUAGUGACGCAUGGAUGGGAGUACCGAAGAGGGCGCGAGUUCCAUGAGAGGCUGGGCAACAUAUUUGCUCUUGUUACUCCCGAUGAAUGCUUGAUUUGGGUAGCGGAUCCCGCCGUUGGGGCUUCCAUUCUGCAGAGAAGAAAUGAUUUCCCGCAAGCACCUAUAGUUGCUAAAAUCCUUGGACUUUACGGCCCGAAUGUGUUCAGUCUUAUUAACGAGGAUUGCACGCAGGCAAACGGCGAGGAGUGGAAACGCCAUCGUAGAAUGUUCGCUGCGAACCUGGAUGAACGUAUCAGCAAGACUGUCUGGACAGAAAGUUGUCGCCACGCUAGUGAAAUGAUAAAGUACAUGCUGAAGAACCCAGGAAACAAGACCUUGGACGGUCUCAGGAGCAUCGCAAUCAAUGUUAUUGGCCAAGCAGGAUUCAACCAGUCCGGGGUGUGGGCACCAACUAUGCGAAAUCGCACUGGCAAGGCUACGACUGGAAAAGCAGCUUUUUGGGAGACCUUUUCCCUGACCACUGAGAUGCUUCUUGAAGGCGCAUUGCUUCCAACAAAGGUGAUGCGGUUGCCGUUUAUGCCGCCAACUCUGCGAUUGAUGGGAUAUCAUAUGGAGAGAGCACCGAUCUAUAUGAAAGAGGUUCUUGAUGAGGAGCGGAAGGCUGUAGAAAAUUCAACUGGUCGUCGAAACAAUUUCCUGAGUUUUCUCCUGAAGCUGUCCGACGAGGAGAAAAAUAGUGGGGACAAUGGAUUUUCAUUAGCAGACGAUGAGAUCAGUGGAAACCUCUUUGUCUUCAGCACAGCCGGGUUCGAAACAACUAGCAAUACCAUGGGCUACGCAGUGGCUCAUCUGGCCGUGUAUCCCGAAUUGCAGGAUUGGAUCCGCGAAGAGCUGCGGACGCUUGACCCGGACCCGUCGAAAUGGAAAUAUGAGGAGGUGUUUCCUAAAUGCCGACGCACACUCGCUCUAAUGUUUGAAACCCUGCGUUUCUUCCCACCAGUCCUUCAUUCCAACCGCUCAGUCUUUAAGCCACAGCAAAUAGUGGACGGCAACAGAACUCGACUGUUAACACCCCCUAUGGACAUACUGAUCUGCCAAUUGAGUAUGCACCUGGAUCCGACGAUUUGGGGUGCAGACGUAAACGAAUUCAGGCCAUCGCGAUGGAUCGACGAGUCAGGACAACUGAUAACCCCGCCAAAGGGGGCCUACAUCCCGUGGUCAAGCGGCCCACGCAUCUGCCCCGGCAUAAAGAUGUCGCAGGUAGAAUUUGUUGCGACCUUGACGACGCUUUUCCGGUCUGCACGGUGUGAUCCUCUGCCUACGGCUGGGAUCGAGGAGCCAGAGGCGUUGAGACAGCGAUUGCUGCGGGUGACAUUGGAUUCUGUGUCCAAGUUGUCCUUGCAGAUACGUCAUGCUAAUGAAGUGCACUUGCGGUGGACUGCUGUGUGA